CUCUGACAGAGGAGAGGAGAGCCGGUAAUCAGCAUUCCUCAGAGGGGAUAUGAGGUACAAUCAGUGUGAUAAUCAGUCCCCAUCAGUGCCACCUGUCAGUGUCCAUCAGUGCCAGCUGUCAGUGCUCACCAAUGCCACCUGCCAGUGCCUAUCGGUGCCACAUCAAUGUCACAUAUCAGUGCCCAUCAGUACACAUCAAUGCCACAUAUCAAUGCCCAUCUGAGCUGCCUUUCAGUGCCACCUAUCAGUGCCAGUCAGUGCCACCUAUCAAUGCCAGUCAGUGCCACCUAUCAGUGCCGCCUACCAGUGCCAGUCAGUGCCGCCAAUCGGUGCGCAUCAGU